AUGUCGCUCAAUAUCCCCAACGCGCCCAACGCGAACCUGUUCAAGGGGGGUUAUAACAACUACGAUUCCGAAGAUGGCGCCGUCCUGCGCAACAUCGACGCCUGCAGGGCCAUCACGUCGACCGUCCAGACUUCUCUCGGCCCCUACGGCCGCAACAAGAUUGUCAUCAACCAUCUGCAGAAGAUGAUCCUGACUUCCGACGCCGCCACCAUCCUCCGCGAACUCGAUGUCGUUCACCCCGCCGCCAAGCUGCUCGUCAUGGCCAGUCAGCAGCAAGAGUCCGAGAUGGGAGACGCCACCAACCUGGUCAUCAUCCUGGCUGGUGAGCUGCUGCGCAAGGCCGAGGACCUCCUGCGUAUGGGUCUCAAGACGUCCGAUAUCGUGACCGGCUACGAGAAGGCGCAGAAGAUGGCCCUCGAGUCUCUCGAGGAGCUCUCCGUCGACAGGGUCGAGGACAUCCGUGACCAAGACGAGCUUGCCAAGGCCAUCCGCACCGUCGUCGCCAGCAAGCAGAACGGCCACGAGGAUUUCCUUGGUGAUCUCGUCGCUGAGGCUGUCCUGUCUGUCCUCCCCAAGAACCCCCUCGGCUUCAACGUGGACAACAUCCGUGUCGUCAAGAUCAUGGGCGGCAGCCUCGAGCAGAGCCGUGUCGUUAAGGGCAUGGUCUUCCCCAAGCAACCCGACGGCACCAUCAAGAAGGUCAAGCGCGCCAAAGUCGGCGUCUUCUCCUGCCCCAUCGACACCAGCCAGACCGAGACCAAGGGAACCGUUCUCCUGCACAACGCCAAGAAGAUGAUGGACUUCACCAAGGGCGAGGAGAACCAGCUCGAAGCUGCCAUCAAGGAGCUCCACGAUGUCGGCCUGCGUGUCGUCAUUGCCGGCUCUACCGUCGGUGACCUGGCCCAGCACUACCUCAACAAGUACGGUAUUCUCUUCAUCAAGAUUCUCAGCAAGUUUGAGCUCCGCAGAAUAUGCCGUGUUGUCGGCGCUACUCCCCUGGCCCGCCUGGGUGCUCCCAUGCCAGACGAGAUGGGCUCCAUCGACAUUGUCGAGACGCUGGAGAUUGGCGGUGACCGCGUCACCGUCUUCCGUCAGGAGAACGACGUUACGAGGACAGCGACCAUUGUGCUGAGAGGCGCGACGCAAAACCACCUCGAGGACGUUGAGCGAGCUGUCGACGACGGUGUGAACGUUGUCAAGGCUAUCACAAAAGACCCCAGGCUCGUGCCCGGAGCAGGUGCCACUGAGACACAGCUCGUCGAGAGGCUGACCGCCCUCGGCGAGAAGACACCUGGUCUUGCCCAGUAUGCCAUCAAGAAGUACGGCGAGGCAUUCGAGGUCGUCCCCAGGACAAUCGCCGAGAGCGCUGGUCUCGAUGCCACCGAGGUCCUCAGCAGGCUCUACAUGGCGCAUCACAAGAAGGAUGACUGGGCGAUUGGCGUCGACAUCGAGAACGAGGAUGGCUCCGGUACCCUGGAUGCUCGUAAGGACGGUAUCCUGGAUCUCCUGGCCCCCAAGGCCUGGGCUAUCAAGCUGGCUACCGAGGCCGCGCGGACCGUGUUGUCUGUCGACCAGAUCAUCGUGGCUCGACAGGCUGGAGGCCCCAAGCCUCCCGCGCCGAACCCUAACUGGGACGAGGACUAA